GAAAAGAAAGGUUGAGAAAAGAGAAAUGAACCCUCAAAAGGAUAAAACAAAACAAAACCAAUGUUGUAUGCUUGAGAACCAAAGGUAAUGCUUUGUUCAGCUUCACCAUACCAAGAUGCCAUUUUUUCUUCUUCAACCUUGUAAGUCUUCCUUAUUCUUCACCUGCAACUCCUUCAUUUUCAGCAAGAAGCCUCUAACAAACUCAAACAAACUAGUUUCUCUAACACCCCACAAAUUUUGUUAUUUUCCCAAUAUUGUUCUUUCCACUCCUCAUGGUUCAAUGGUUACGAAGAAAGUUUCGAUUUUUAGUGGUGCCCACUUCAAGUUUUGCUCUAGGAAUGCUGGGUUUGAUGGGGUUUCCAGUGAUGUAUCUCGAGAAGCCAUUGAUGACGAAAUUCAAGAGCUUGAAGGCAUUGAGUUGUUGAACAAGCCUUCACCUGUUAUAGAAGUUGAGAAAGAGCAAGAGAAGCCUUCAAAAGAGGAGGCUUUGGCACCGUUUUUGAAGUUUUUCAAAGGGAGUAAGGAUUAUGUGAAGGAAGUUGAAGAAGAGAAUGAGGUAUUGGAAGUUUCUGAAGAGAAAGAAAAUGUGAGUGAUGAGAAAGAAAAAGAAGAUGAUGAAAAUGAAAAAGAAGAAAAAAAGGAACAAGAAGAUGAUGAUAAGAAGGUUAAUGUUGAGUACUAUGAGCCGAAACCCGGGGAUUUUGUGGUUGGUGUUGUUGUUUCUGGUAAUGAAAACAAGCUUGAUGUAAAUGUUGGGGCAGAUUUACUAGGCACAAUGUUAACCAAGGAAGUGCUUCCUUUGAAUGGUAAAGAAAUGGAGAAUUUGUUAUGUGAUAUGAAUAGGGAUGCAGAGGAUUUUACGGUUGGAGGGAAGAUGGGAAUUGUAAAGAAUGAUGAAGUAAUGAGUGGAGUAUCAGUGCCUGGAAGGCCUGUUGUAGAUACCGGAACCAUUUUGUUUGCUGAGGUUUUAGGUAGAACACUUAGUGGUAGGCCAUUGCUUUCUACUAGAAGACUCUUUCGCCGGAUUGCUUGGCGUCGAGUGAGGCAGAUACAACAGCUCAAUGAACCUAUUGAGGUUAGAAUUACAGAGUGGAAUACUGGCGGCUUGUUAACAACAAUUGAGGGUUUGCGAGCAUUCCUACCUAAAGCUGACCUUGUGACAAGAGUAAAUAGCUUUACCGACUUAAAAGAAAAUGUGGGACACCGAAUGUACGUAGAAAUUACUCGAAUAGAUGAAGCUAAAAACUCUUUGGUACUUAGUGAAAAACAAGCUUGGGAAAAGCUAUAUCUUCGCGAAGGGACAGUUAUAGACGGAACAGUACAAAAGAUAUUUCCGUAUGGUGCCCAGAUUAAGAUAGGAAAAAGUCACAGAAGUGGGUUGCUGCAUGUUUCAAAUAUCACACGAGCCAAAGUUACUUCUGUCAGCGACAUACUUUCUCUCGAUGAGGAGGUUAAGGUUCUUGUUGUGAGGUCAAUGUUCCCCGAUAAAAUUUCUCUAAGCAUUGCAGACCUUGAAAGUGAACCUGGGCUUUUUCUUUCAAAUAGAGAGAGAGUAUUUCUGGAGGCUGGUAUGAUGGCAGAGAAAUAUAAGCAAAAGCUACCUCCUCCUUCUGUCACUACAAGAGGAGGACCUUUACCAACUAGUGAUUUGCCCUUUGAAAAUGAAGCACUUUAUGCAAACUGGAAGUGGUUUAAGUUUGAAAAAUGAUGAUGAGACAAGCUUUCACAGAAGCAUGAAAGAAAUUAUUCACUGAGAGAAGCUCAAUGGAGAGAAUCUGAUACUGCAUGGAACACUUGUUCCACGACAGACUUGCAUUUUUGGAAGAAAACGUAAAGAACCUCCUCGACUGGAAAAAGCUUUUGACACUGUCAUUGUUCGUAUACGUUGUUUGGGCACGAAACAAGAGUGUGUCGUGAAGUAUAUGGUGAGAAUAAUCAAGGCCUAAUUCACUUUUUUUACCUUUAAUUUUCUCACUCGUCGACAAAAAAAGGUUUACUUUGAUUUUUUGUCUUCAUUUUUUUUAGUUUCUUCCUCUUCUUUUUCUGGUGUCAUUUUAUAGAUAGAUUCAUAUAGUUGGAUGUAAAUUCUGAAGGCAAACUAUAGUAGUUUAAUUUUGAUUUUCUUUUUGUC